CUCAGUCUGACUAUAAACAGAGCAGCUCAGAGCAGCAGGGCGGAGUUUAAAGGCACAGGAGGCACAGGACGGACAGUAUAAAAGAUGAACCUUCAGACCUGAAACAUUUAGAAGAGACGCACAGACGGAGCGCGGCACAGACUCGGGAUUACGCGCCGCGUUUUGUGGAUUUAAGGAUAUUUAAAGUGUGAAAAGUGCUGCACAAACAACACGGAUGUCAGAGGAGCAGGCAGAGAUGGGAGAGGGUCUGGAUGGAGGAUGGUAGCCAACAGCACCCUGGAAGGUCUUCAUGACUGCACACGCUCACUCUCAUCGUCCUCUGCAUCGUCCUCUGCAUCAUCGUCUGCUUCAUCCUCUGCAUCGUCCUCUGCCUCCUCUCGGUCCUCUUCAUCCUCCCUGUGCUCCUCUUCGUCCCUGUCGGUGAGCCCCCUCAGUUGGGAGGAUCUUCAGAGAGUCCCUCCUCCUGCUCCGGUGCACAGAUCAGUGCCCUGUGUUUACCUCACACAUUUCCCAGUCUUCUCCUGCAAAGAGGACUGUGACAUCAUCACGGACACGGCGUCUAAGCUGGAGCGCAGCGGGUUCUACUGGGGUCCUCUGGGCGUGGAGGAGGCUCACCGUCUGCUCAAAGAGGCUCCUCUGGGCAGUUUUCUGAUCCGAGACAGUCGUCAGAAGGACGUGUUCUUCACUCUGUCCUACCACUCCAAGAGCGGCCCGGUCAGCGUGCGCAUCGAUUACAAAAAACACCGGUUCUCCCUGGCUGGAAACGAGCGCUCCUUCCCAUCGCUCUUUGCUCUAUUGGAACAUUACAUCAGCUCGCCCAAAAAGAGCCUGAGCGUUCCCUACAGGAAAUGGGAGCCCACUCUGCAGGAGCUGUGCAGAAAGAGAGUGUUGGAGCUGAGCGGGAGCAUAGGUCACAUUUCAGAGCUGCCCAUCACCACAGUGGUCAAAGACUUUAUACAGGAGUUUCCCUACAAGUUAUGACUGUCCUCUGCUGUGUCCUGUGUGUCCCUGCUCUAACUGCACUGUCACAGAGACACGGGGCUCCUGUCGGGACGCCGCAGCCCUGUCAGAUAUUUCAUGAACAUUACAGGACUAUACACAACAGUUUAGUGAAAAUGACUUUUAGUCUAUUUAUACCUUGGAAAAAUAAUAGUCAUAUGACAAAUACUGCUGCUGUGUUAAAACAAAACUACAGGGACAGAAUGAAAGUACAGACUGUUCUGGGCCCAUGGGCGUCUCUGGGAAGUGUAGCACCAGGUCUUGUCCAUGUGCGUCCAUUCUUCAGUUCAGUCGGGACAGUCGGAGAAGUACGGCCCUGGUGGAGGGUACGGUUGAAACCAGCACAAACGUGUAGCACAAACUCUUUAAAAACUCUAAUGUGAAAGUUUACAUUAUGACUGUGUACUACACUGGCUCAGAUACCAUCAGUCUGAAUGUCGCGGUCGCUUCAUGCUACUUUGUGAUUUCAAUGGUCAAGAUGGUGCAAGAAACAGUGAGCUUUGUACUGUAACACACAAACUGUCAGAUCCUUCAAAUAAUGUCUAUUUUUUUAUUUAGUUUUAUUUACUAAUAUUAUUAAAAUUGAAUGUCUUU